AUGUCAUAUUUAUUAUCUAUUAUAGAAGGUCUAUUAGUUAUAGUUCCUUCAUUAUUAACAGUAGCUUUUGUUACAAUUUCAGAAAGAAAAACAAUGGCAAGUAUGCAAAGAAGAUUAGGACCUAAUGCAGUAGGUUACUAUGGUCUUUUACAAGCUUUUGCUGAUGCAUUAAAAUUAUUAUUAAAAGAAUAUGUAUCACCAACACAAGCUAAUAUAAUUUUAUUUUUUCUCGGACCUAUAAUAACUUUAAUUUUUGCUUUAUUAGGUUAUGCAGUAAUACCAUAUGGUUAUGGUUUAUAUGUAUCAGAUUUUAGUUUAGGUAUACUUUAUAUGUUGGCUGUGUCAUCAUUAGCUACUUAUGGAAUUUUAAUUGCAGGAUGAUCAGCUAAUUCUAAAUAUGCAUUUUUAGGUUCAUUAAGAAGUACAGCUCAAUUAAUUAGUUAUGAAUUAAUAUUAAGUUCUGCUAUAUUAUUAGUAAUUUUAUUAACAGGAAGUUUAAACUUAACUGCUAUAGUAGAAGCUCAAAAAUCUAUUUACUUUAUAUUACCUUUAUUUCCUAUUUUUAUUAUAUUUUUUAUAGGUUGUAUUGCUGAAACUAAUAGAGCUCCUUUUGAUUUAGCUGAAGCUGAAUCAGAACUUGUUAGUGGUUUUAUGACAGAACAUUCGGCAGUUAUUUUUGUAUUCUUCUUUUUAGCAGAAUAUGCUAGUAUUGUCUUAAUAUGUUUAUUAACUAGUGUUUUGUUUUUAGGUGGUUACUUGCAAAUUUUUCCUUUAGUUACAAUAAUUUCUAGUUUUAAUUAUAUCUUGGAAUUAUUAGGAUUAUAUUUAAAACCCGAUUUUGAUUAUAAUUAUGUUUUAUCUUAUUAUUUAAUUAAUGCUUGUUCUAGUUUAAAUUUAGCUUUUAAAACUUCUUUUCUUAUAUUUGUAUUUAUAUGAGUUAGAGCAUCAUUCCCUAGAAUUAGAUUUGAUCAAUUAAUGUCAGUUUGUUGAAUAGUAUUUUUACCUUUAAUUAUAGCGUAUAUAAUUAUAACACCUUGUUUAGUAGUAGGUUUAAAUAUUUUACCUUGUAAUUUUACUUUAUUAUAG